AUGAAGCCCUUUGCCCUUCUCGCUGUUCUGUAUCCCGUUGCCAUUCUGGCUGUCCCCGGUGACCCAUGCUCUGCCGCCAAUGGCUACGGAGAUGACUGCAUCUGUGUUACCACUGAAAUCUGCCAGCAGUACGAGGGCAACGCCAUGACUGGAUCUCGAGGCAAAUACCCUUGCCCAAAUGACCCGGCAAAUGUCAUUGGUUGUGUAGUCAAGCCCUGCCACAACAGGAGCAGUAACACGCAGUGCCUCUGGAGGGACGCAUGUGAUAGUGAAAUGAAAGUCGCUUCUUGCCCCGGCGGCAACGACUUCAUCUGCUGCAACCAUCAUCUCGAUACCGCCGGUCACUCGAAUUCUACUACAACUAGUUCUGCCAUCACCAUCACCAGCUCCGGAGACACCCAGACUUCCACGGCUGCUGCCACAACAAAGAACAAGGCGUCUAUUACAAUUACGAGCAGUUUAGAGACGACAACACCCAUAGCUUCGUUGACUUCUGCCCCGAAUACGUCAACCACAUCCCCUGCUGGGUCGUCACACGCCACUUCUCUUGCCACUACUACCUCCCGUGCCGCAGGCACCUCGAAUGUUGUUGCUAUUUCAGACCUUUUGGGCGGCCUGGCCGCAGUGUUUGCUGCCUUGCUAUAA